ACAUUUGCAGGCUGUGCGCGUCGAUAAAAGAAAAACACGAUCGCCUCGUUUGAAGGCAGCAACCACAACUUCUUGGAGUUUGUCUUAAUAUUAUUUCUGUUAUUUAAAUAUAUAAGAAAAAGAAGCAAGUAAACGCGCCGUCAGGACGAAAAAAAAAAAUGUCUGGCUUAGAGAAAUUUCAAGACAACCCGGCUUGGCGUAAGAAAUUGCUCAACCAUCUGCUUAUGGAUCGUCCGCGACCAGCUGCAACGCAACCUUUAUUAGAUACCAUGGAGCGUCGUCAUAGUUUAGAUAUUGUUCUCGACUUUCCCGCUUUGAUCGCAGCCCGCAAAGCGGAGCUAGAGAAGAUUCGCCAGCGUGAGGAAGUCACACUGGCAGCAACGGCAAGUGAAAUGAUCCGCAAGAGCAGCGAUGAACUGCAACAGGAACUUGAGGCAGAUGUCGAUGAUAGCUUCGGUGCUUUUGAACGCAUGUGCGAUAAAACUGGAUCUGAUCCCGAUAGCACGCUCUUUCAAUAUCUGCACAGCGAUGAUAAGGAUCAGGUGCUGGCCCAGGCCAAAGAGCGCAGCGCACGCGCUAAUAAAUCUGGUGACUUAGAGAUGGAGGCACUCCGUCGCAUGCUGGAGGAUGUCAGCUGUCAUCAGCAGCUGGACAAUGAGAGUCCUUUGAAAGGUGUCGAGUGCACACAGCUGGAGGAUAUCGAGGCACCUUCACGUUUAUGGGACAACGAUUACACCAUCAGUGGCAAUGAUUCGGUGUUGCUGCCAAAAACUGCGGCAAAGACUUCGCCCGUCAAAAUGGUUGGCUUGCUGCGUCCCUCGACCAUAUUGGAGGCAUCCAGCGAGGCGGAUCUGUCGGAUUAUCAAACGGAGAGUAGCUUUCAAACUGCCGCUGCUAGCAUCAAAACAACUCAGAGCCUAGAGACAAUUGCCUCCGGCUCGAGUUGCUAUGAAACUGCGGCGGACAAUUCAUUGGCAAGCAGCUGCUCAAAGGAAACAGGAGCUGCAACAUCGUUGAACGUUGAUGAUCUGUUCUAUGCGGCCAUUGCCAAAGGACGUCCUCUUGGCAUGUCCAAAGGCGAAGAGGAGGAGUUACUCAUUGACUUGCAAGAGACGCUGCUUGAUUUGGUUGCCAAGCAGCAGAAUGAGACUAUUGCAAGUGAGGCUGCCGAAGAUACGAUAAUUGAAUUGUCCUCAGGCAGCGAAGACGAAGAAGAUUGCAAUGUGGAAAUCAAACAGGAGCAGCAAGAAAAGGAAUUGGAAGAACAGGCAGAUGAGUUUUCUUCAAGUGAGGAGGAAAAUAAAGAGAACAAAUCAUUGCAGUUCAACGAUACUAUGGAGGAAAUGGAGUACAUGAUGCAAAAGGGUAUGGAAUAUAUGGCUAAGGCGCAGGCAUCAAAAACAAACGCAACAGCAAGCAAGCCAACGACACCAAUCAAGCCCCAAACUCCAAUCAAGUCAGUAACUCCAAGCAAGCCAGCAACACCUAAACUGUUGCCCAAGCAAAGCACCUUUGUGCUGACGCCAAAGGCGUCGCCACUGAGAUCCGUCACAAAUAGUGCCAACAAGAAGCAACCAUUAUCUGCCAGCGUUUCCUCGCGCUAUGCCCUCAAUAUGGAUAAGCCAACCGGAAAGUUCUUUAAAGAACCGUCAGCGAUACCAGUGCGUCGCAAUCUGAAGUCACUCAAGGAUCAGUUUGCACACAUCGUUAGUCCCAUACGCACCUAUACACAAAAGUCCUCAACGGCGCCCUUGAUGAGCAUGUUCCGUCAGGCACAGAAUGUGAAUGAUGCCUUCGAUAAACUGAGCUGCCACGAAUUCCAGGAAGAGUCACGUCUCUGUCAAUUGAAGCGUCCGCCAGGUACGAUCAAGCUGCAUGCAACGGACCUAAGCCACUGCAUUGAACCUCGACCUAAAUUGUUGCCCAAGAAGGCUUACAUUUCAUCCGAACUAAAGCAGGUUGUGGAUGAGCGCACUCCGUUGCCCAUGCCCAAUGUGCCGAAGAUACAAAAGUAUCUCAAUUCGGCUGUGGAGCCAAUGGUGCUGCGUCACGAUGGAAAGUUGAAGAUCAACGAAAACGAUGCAGGUUCUCACAUUCCACCGCGUGUCAAUCAAAGUUUGGGCGAUCUGUCGCUGGCGUCGGGCGACAUUUCGCUUUACACCAUCAAGGAUGCGCAGAAGUUUUAAAGAUUUACAAUAUGAUUAGUUU